CGAAGAAGUCAUCGUCACGCUGCUGCAGCACCUGCAGACAACUACCACAGAAACCUCUGGAUUCUAGCUCAAUCACACAGAUGAUCAGUUGUCUCUGUCUUACUUGGGAUGAUUUGCUGCUAUCCAGAGUUGCCCGGCCGCACUGAGUUUUGAUCAGUGUAUGAUUUCUGUUUUAUUAUUCCUGAAUAUUGCGCUGCCUGGAUGACAGAGUUGGAGAUGCCAGCCGAAACACAUGGGGUCGGAGUCUUCUUGGAGCUGAGGAAAAGGCUUCAGAGUGGACUGCUUAUUGUCGGGAAGGCUGUGGCCAAAAGUCCUGCAGAUGUGUCCGUGACAGGUGGAGAUUCUUCUCUCCACAUCCGGACUCCUACAGGCGAACUGAGCCUGACUUUGCCUGCAGGAGUCGCCUUCGAGCAGGAAUCCUGCGUUCCGACACCUGCGGGAGAGUCCUGUGGAGAGGAGCUGCAUUUCAGACUGCGCAUUAGUGUCACACGAAGCACAGAUGAAGAAGCUUCUGACAGCGUGAUGGAGACACUCCGGGCGAAAGAGACUUAUUGCUUCUACUGCCAGGGCUGCAUGACCAGGCUGCUCGAGGACAGAACGUUUAAGCGAGUUCUUCCUCUCCCUAAUGGCAACUGGAACGCCAUUGUGGAUGACUGGUGUUGCCACCCGGAUCCGUUUGCUAACAAGAAGCUGCUGCCCCGAGCAGAGGAUUGUUUACUGGGCGACACCUUCCUCCUCCUAGCCAGAGAUGGCAGCUGUGAACAAACUCUCACUCAAGAAGUUAGCCCUGUUGGCUCAGAGGACAGUCAGGAUUCAAAGAAACCCUGCCGCCGGCUGGCACUCAUCUCCUGCAAGAGCUGUUCAUCAGUGCUGGGAGAGGCUGUUGCACCAGAGAGCCUGAAACUGUACAUCACACAGGUGGUAGUGGAGCCCGCUGUGGGAGACAGAAAGCCAGAAGCUGCACUUAACAGAUUACUCUUUCUGGAGAAGACUGUAGCAGCCAAGCUGUUGAGGCUCUCCACCUCGAUGAGCACUUACCACUUCUCUGUCCAGACUCCUGAUGGGAAAGCGUUCUUAUUGGUCUGGCUACUGAACAGUGACUCCAUCACAGCAUCAGUCCCAGAGAUGUGUGUCGGAGGUGAGAGGUCUAUCAGCUCCCCCGCUCUUCACAGGCCAUCACCCAGAGCUGCCAGAGCCCUGAAACUCCUCUACACUGCCUGCUCUGACACAAGCAUGCAGCAGCGAGACAUUUUAACUAGUUGGGAGGCCAAUGCCAUAGGACAUCCUGUGGUGCUGCCAUUGAGUGUGUGCGAGGAGCUGCAGCAAGUGAUGGAUGACAGCAACUCUACACUUCCUGUCUCUAUGCGUCGCAUGAGGUCCUAUGAGGUAGCCUACCUGAGAUUGUGAGGUCACAGGUCCAAUGCCAGGAGUUCAAGACUUCAGUCGUCACAACUUGGAGAAUUUGAGAUGCCCUGGGACAGCUGAGAGAGGAACUUCAUCAACAUAUACUGUAUGUUUGUGUAUGUUAAAGGGGACGUAUUAUGCUCAUUUUCAGGAUCAUUCUUCUGGGUUUCUAUAACAUGUGUACAUGCCUUAAUAUUCAGAUAUUUUCUCAUGCUGCACCUCUAUUCAGACUCUAUUUUAGCUCCUGUCUCUUUCAGCCCCCCUCAUGAAAAUGCCCUGUAUGCUCUGAUUGGUUUGUGUUUCGGCAACUUCGCUGUCAUUGUCUCUGUUCUACUGUCAUUGCAGCCAAAGGGGCUGGAGAAAUGACUAUACUUUUUUAGUACUUUUCAUUAUAAAAAAUUACAGAAGAAAGCUUCUAAACCAAAAACUACACAAUCAAACAUGCUCCAGCAAGAAAUAAGUAACACCAAGAUUACAAGUUUCCCUAAUGUUAGCAUGUCGCUACAUGUAGCAGUGGAAUGACUGUAAUGGCACUCUUUUUUCUUGCCGUGAAAAAUCAACAACAGCUUAUAUCUAAAAACUACACAAUCAAACAUCCCAGCAGGAAUGUGGUCUGAAAUUGGGAAGAAAUUUACAACAUUGGCAACCAAGAUUGUGGGUUUACCUAACGUUAGCAUGUAGCUA